UGGAAGACUUGGAUCUCAUGAUGUUGCCGCUGACUCCGACAAUGAAUCGCGUUAAUUCGGAGGCCUUUGCGGACAAUUCCGAGACGGAUAAAAGCGCCGAGCCGAUAGUAACCACACGUCCGGACUGGAUCAAAGACGAGGAAUUAACGAGUCUGAGGAUGGCAACGCCACCACCGUCGACGUCGUCGGGUGUCGGCGGUAUCAGUCCAAGUAUCAAGAACCCCGCAACACUCAAAGACUCGACGGAAGCGAAACGAGCGCGACGCUCCGCGAUUGAGAAGAAGUCGAGGCAGAGGAGACAGGAAAUGCUCAAGAGGAUGAGACACGAGGUCAAGCAGCUUGAAGACGUGUACACAGAGAUGGCCAGACGAAGAGAAGCGACGAGUUCCAACGGUAGAUCACGCUUUUCUUCGAUUUCGAUGGACGAGUUGCAGCGCGAAUACUCCGAGUUGUCGCUGGUUGCUCACGCACUUGAAGAGGACCAAGUUGCUCUCCGUGAACUGCUUCUGACCCACGAGAAAUUCCAGCAGACUCUGCAAAGCCAAUCAGAUGGACGGGACGCGGUUUGGAACAGCGGAAUUCCGCCAAGUGCGUCCUUGUCCGUGGCAUUUCGACAACAUACAACAGACGAGUGCUUUGCCAUCGUCCGCGCGGCCUAUCAGGAGAUCGAGCGGUUCCUUGCAGCAGACAAUUUUGUAUCCACCGGGGCGAGUUUCAUGGGCUGGACAGAUAAGCGCAAGGUGGACCAUGACGUACAGGCUCUUCAGUUUUGCUUUACAAAGAAAUUCCCUCUCGAAAGCGCUGACAAUCUGCUUUCGCAGACGUGGAAAAUCUUUUCGAAUGGUGACAAAAUGGCGGUAAUGUCGUUCGAUCGAUCGUCGGCCACCAUGAAGCUUCAAGACGACAACGUAACGCUUCUCGAUGUGCGCGAUAUCUUUGAUGCGCUCAUCGAGAAGCAUUCCGUUGUGAAAAGGUAUCUUGCUGCCGACGCAAAUAUUGUUAGGACGUGGACUUCGAGCGAGCCCAUUUGA